AUGACAGCCAAAGAGGGCGGAAACGUUGGUGUCGUUCACGUAGUCAACGAUCAGACAGACAUCGAUCACGUGCUCAAAACCGGUCAACACUACCCAUACAUACCUGUGAUUACAGCGAAAUAUUUUAAAUUACUAACUGAUCCACGCAUUUGCAGAGAUAUACUGAAUCAGUUCAAGUCAUCGCCCAAACGAAUCACUGGUGUAUUAGUGGUCGACGAGAAGCGGACCUCAGACGUGACCGGCUUAUCGCCCGACAAGACGUGUCCCAACGAUGGCUUUGGUCUCUACGCCGAUGAUACCACUUAUGGUCACUGCGGACAACAGGAGUGGAACUCUGCUGGCGAGUCCACACUCAAGCACAACGACGGCCUUAUGUUCAAUGACUGGCCUUUCCCUAUAUUUAUGGUCAGAAAUGCCACUAAUAUUGAAGAGAUUAAAGAUUGUUUCAAACGCUAUGGAGGACCCGAGUACCCACUCUGUGGUAUACAACUGGAGGCGCCCAUGAAUGCGGCCAAGGAUUCCGUGGCGUGUAUUCGCCGGACACACCUCCAGAAGAGCUCGUAUUCGUUGAGUCAAACCUUUUAUUGCGACCCAUUGGGCGGACAUAAUAUAUUCAGUACAUUGUUGUGGACAUCGAAAAGGGAUAAAAUAUCCAACGAUUCAGUCGUUGUAUUGUCGGCCCGUUUGGACUCGUUCUCGAUGUUCGACAACGUGUCGCCCGGCUCUGACUCGGCCCUCACAUCAGUGGUUACACUACUGGCCAUUGCGAAGACACUGAAUGAUUACAGGAGUGAUAUCCAGCGACUGUCAAACGAUAAGAAUAUUCUGUACGCCCUGUUCGACGGCGAGGCCUUUGACUACAUCGGCUCCAGUCGUGUGGCCCAUGACAUGAGCGCCGGUAAGUUUCCCGUGGAUCCCAAGUCAGACGGAGACGUGGCUCAGUUGAGAAGCGAACAGUUCUCGCAUUUCAUUGAAUUGAAUCAAUUGGCAGCCCAUGGAACCGAUGACACCAUUUAUAUUCAUAAGAAUCUUAAAUCAAAUGAAGCGGUCAGUAAACUGGAGGGUUUGCUCGAGAAAUACGCGAAGAAUAUUCGCAACUUUAAGAUGAGUAGUAUUAGUGACGGCCGACCACUCCCUCCCUCAUCGGUGCAGACAUUCUUAAAGCAAAACAAUGCGAUGGGAGGUGUGGUGAUCGCCAACCAUGAGAAUGAGUUCACGAAUAAGUUUUAUAACAGUAUUUACGACGACAUUCAGAAUGUGAACCCAAACGACGACAAACUGUUGGCCACAAGACUCACAAACGUGGCGACAGUUGUGUCGAAAGCCGUCUACGAGCUGUUGACUGGACAACAGCGACAGCCAGAGAUUAGUGUCAAUCAAACUCUGGUUGAGUUACUUCUCGACUGUUAUACAAAUAACUCUAACUGUGAUCUCUUUAACAUUAUUAUGGAUCCCGAACGCGCACAUCAUGGCACCGAUAAGCCCAGAGGUGAACCCCUCCCCACAUACGUCGGUGUGUUCGGCUCGUCGACGCUGUCGUCCGCCUCCCGAAUCUACACUCAUAUGUUGUUAUCGUAUUUGGGAGGCGAAGAGCUGUCACCCGACGUGACCAAAGAGAACUGCACUCAACAAAACAAGGAGAGCCGGCAAUUUAGCUUUUACUGGAUGACCGGCGCCCGUAACGGAACGUGCAUUAAGUCGCAGGCCAUCAAAACGGACGCCUUGUCGCCCGCGUUCCUGUCCGAGGGUCAGGUGACUGAUGAGCGCCUAUACUCGACGUGGACGGAGAGUCGAUGGACGGGCGGCAAAGUCCGCAUUUUUCUAAUGCCCAGCCCUCUCCAGCAAUGGCUUACGCUUAUCGCUGGCCUCAUAUUGACGUUAAUCUCCUUUGUUUUCAUUUAUAUGAUCGACAAAAACUCUGUAAUAUUGUUCGAGCGCAUGGAUGUGGCGAACGUUCCCCAGCAGUCGCUAACAGUGGGCUUAUAGCCCGCGGAUUAGUCCCUCAAAUCCCUGUUCUUAUACUCAAUCGUUCCCUUAAUCCCGACGAUUAAUACCAGAAGAUUGAGUACAACGAGAGCGCCGACUGUAAUGGAGUAUUGAACCAAAUAUGAGAUGAUUUUUGUGAUUAACAUUACCGACUAAUUUGACAAAUAAUUUAUUUUAUUUUAAUAAUUGAUUUUCGAUCGCAGCAUAAGUUAUUUGAAAUUAAAACCACUAAUCAAACCA